CAACGAUGACAUCUUGUGCAUCGUACCAAAAACGUAAACAACAUAAUUUCAGAAGUUUUUCGUGUUCCACGCCUUUGUCGUACAAGGCGACGUCCUGCUGCGAUAUGGCGCUUUCGAAUGUGCUGAUCCUAAGCCAGAUCGCUGGCCAUGUCUUUGCAUUUAUCCUGUCGAUGUGCAUCUUUAUUCCGCUGGCAAUACACGUCCGGUCGUUCGAUGGUCACUGUUUGCUGUUCACUACCGGCACCUGGCAAGAGAAGGACGGUCUAAUUGAUUUGCGAUGGGCAUCGGAAGCGUACUGCAAUUAUCCUAUCAUCGUGGGCACCGCCUUGUUCAUCAUAUCCGUGGUUCAAAUAUACAGAAUGGCGUUGCUGGCUUACCGGCAGCUGGAAAGCUCGUUCCUUGGCCUGUUCUUCGACGUCGUGUUCAGCGUUUCCCUCUGUGCGAUGACCCUGAUAGGCGCGAUCAUCAUCACGCUCGGUUUCAUGACCUGGUGCCAGCAAAUGACGGAACGUUUUCCAUCCUGCGAAAUCGCUGAUGGGCAGAACAUAACGAACGUGGAGCUGAACAUCCAAACGUCCGGAUUCUACAUCGAGAUGGGAACGGCACAGUUCGGUGCCUGGGCCUCGUUUGCCACCUGGGUCGGAUUGUCCGUGUUUGCGCUGCUCAAACUGAUCAACAAUCACCAGGUGCGCAACAUUCGUGUAUCGAUGUACAUCGAGCGGCAGCGGCUGGUGAACGAAGACGUGUACCGUGGUACCACCUCCGAGGUGCCCGCUACGGGCGGAGCAGCGUUCAGUGAUAACUAAGUGAAGCGGACUGGCCCUCCGCUGCUGCUCCACAUUCGCCGGUUGUCGCCGACUAGGGCUACAUGUCUCGAUUCCAACGCAUCGGCCAAAGUUUUACAUUCGAUUCGAUUCGCACCAACCAUUUCGGCCCCAGUCUCCGGCACACCGUGUAAUAAGUCUAACUUUUUCUACUCUUUGUUUUCCAAACUAGAAAUACUCUACCUAAUCCGCGCUAUCCGUGCAUACUGUUAUCGAACUCCUAGAGGUCAAAUUGAUUUUCAUUUAUAGGAAUGGAAAAGAAAGAACGAAUAUAUGUGUUAUGCUUUCCAAUUGGCAAAAAUAGUUGAUACACGAAGGUACAAGAAUAAACAUACUGCUUACGAUA